AUGAUUAGUUUUAAUUUCCUUUUAAGAAUACUUCGAAUUCCUGGAGUUAUCUUAUCAACAACAAUUCAAUACUUCACCAUCGGUACCAUCUACACCAAGACUAACCGAGAAUUCAACACACUUUACAAGAAUGUUCAUUUAGCAGUGGAAAAUUGUCUUGCAAAUCAAUUCCAAUUAACAGAUAUUCCCCUUGUUGUAUAUCAACCAAUGUCAAAAUUGUUCAGGAAAUUCAAGUCCAACCCCAUGGUUAAGCUGGGUAAUUUACCUGGAUAUGGAGGGGUGUUUGAUGAAACUGUUAAAUCUCAAUGGUUUGUUAAGAAUGAAGGAUCUAAAGACGUGUUAUUAUUCUUCCAUGGUGGAGGAUUUGCUUUGAAUUGUUUUGAUGCUCAAUUUGCUGGAGUUUUGAUGUUAUAUCAUGCAUUACCUGAAGAUAAGAAAUCGAAAUUUUCAAUUUUAGGUCUUGAUUAUACUUUAACUUUUGAAGAAGAUGGCCAAUUCCCAGUCCAACUUUAUGAAGCUUUGGUAGUUUUUAAGAAAUUGCUCAGUCAAGGAUUUGAAAAUAUUCAUUUAAUUGGUGAUUCUGCUGGUGGUAAUUUAGUUUUAACAUUAUCAAGAUUUAUUGCUUAUCCUGAAGAAGCAUUGAAAUAUUUUAGUAAGUUUGAUAAAUACGAUUUCAAAUCAUUCAACAUAUCUGUACAACCUAAAUCAGCUGUUUUUAUCAGUCCUUGGGUUCAACCACUUCAUUUAAAUUCAAAUGUUCAUGGUGUAGAUACUACUGGUGAUUUGGGUGCAAGAACAACCAUAAUGGGAGAUUGGUUGAUCGAAGGUGUAAGUACUGAUAAAUCCGAUUUUGAGGAUUGGAUUACUUUCACUAAAACUGAUCCUUCCAAAUACAUGGAAAUUGAUUUCUUCAAAAAUCGCCACAGUUUAUGUAUUUAUGGUUCUAGAGAGGUUCUUAGAGAUGGUAUUGAAUCAUUUGUCAAAAUCAUUGAAUCAUUUGGUAACAUGGAAACUCAUUUAGAACCCGGUGGAAUCCAUGAUGGUUUAUUUUACGUUGAAAGUUUAGACUACCUUGGUAAUGGAGGUCAAUUAGCCAUUGAUGGUAAAUUUAAUGAUAAAUAUGCAUUAUCAAGAGUAGUUGACUUCUAUAAUAGAAUCUUAUAG